AUGACAGCCAUAAUUACAGAACGAGAAGUUAUUUCAGAAUUUUUAGAGAUGUACAAAGAAUUUACUUGUUUGUGGGAUAUUUCCUGUAAACAGUAUAGUAACAAAGAUGCCAGAAACCAAGCACUUCAAGUCUUACUUGAAAAAUUAAAAGUAAUCGACAAAGAAGCAAGUAUUGCAACAGUGAAAAAAAAAAUUGAAAAUAUGAGAGCUGCCUAUAAAAGAGAGUUAAAAAAGGUUCAAGACAGUAAAGUAUUUGGUACUGGUGCUGGACUGAAGGAUGUUUAUAUCCCAACAUUAUGGUACUUCGAAUAUUUGACAUUUUUAGAUCACAAAGAAACUUUAAAUAGAAGUGGAGUUGACACUUUAGAUAUCUGUGGUGAUGAUGAGGUAUCUGAAACACAAAGUUUAAUAAGUGAACCAUCAAAUCCGUCAGCCAUUAAACGACGUGCUACAAAUUUUCAGAAGAAACAGGAAAGAUUAAUCGAAUGUGCACAACAAUUAAUGUCAACAGAAGAUGGCCCUGCAGAAUCAUAUGGGAGAGCUAUUGGACUACAGCUUAAAGACAUGAAUAGAACACAGCAGUGUAUUGCAGAAAAAUUAAUAUCAGAAGUCAUUUUUUUUGGAAAAAUGGAAAAGUUAACUUUACAGUCGUCAAUAGCAUUAAACAGCUAUGCUAAUUCAGGAAAUCAUCCAUCAGCUUCGCCAUCACCUAGUGCAUCAUCAAUGUCUAAUUGUUCAGAUACUCUGAAUAUUUUUCCAAUAACACAUGGAACGAUGCCUAUUUCUAGUAUUUCUACAUUAAAUGAAAUACCAAAUGACAUUCAACAUGCAUACAAUAUGCAAGAAUUUUUAACGUUCAAGAAUUUGCAAUAA